AUGGUGCUGGUGAUGACAGUGAUGAUGGUAAUCAUUAUGAUGAUGAUGGUGAUCAUAGUGAUGAUGGUGAGGAUGAUGCUGAUGGUAAUGGUGAUGAUGGUGAUGGUGAUGAUGGUGUUGAUGGUGCUGCUGCUGAUGACACAGGUGCGGGGACACCCCUGGAGGGAAAGCCACAAGCUGCAGGCUGGGGGCCCGGGUGUCACCUUUACGGAAGCGCCGGUGACUACCUUCACCGCGGGAGGUUCCACACGGCUGAUGAGGCUCACGUGGGACUCACCGGGGAGACAGCGUCCAGAGCAGGACUUCUCAGAGCCUUCAAUGUAUUUUGUGAUUCUCCUAACCUACCUAAGGAAUAAGGUUCUCCAAGCAGCCAUGGAUGUGGGUUUCUUGGGCCUGUCAGAUGUGUCUCAGAGUCAUAGCAAGACCUUGUGGGGGGCUCGGGGCAGGGGCCCCACCAUACGUCGCCAGCGGGAGUUCAUGCCAGAAGAGAAGAAGGACACAGUUUACUGGGAGAAGCGGAGAAAGAACAACGAGGCAGCCAAGAGAUCCAGGGAAAAGCGACGUCUCAAUGAUGCAGCCAUUGAGGGCAGGUUGGCUGCACUGAUGGAGGAGAAUGCCCUGCUCAGGGGCGAGCUGAAGGCGCUCAAGCUUCGCUUUGGCCUCCUGCCCCUAACUGGUGGGCCCCGGGCCUUGCCCCUGCAGGCCCUGCUAUGGGAAGCCCCCUGGACUGGGGACCCCCGGCCUGGGGCUGAAGCACUGUCAUCCUUGGUCCAGACCAGAGCUCAGACCCUGCUGGGGGCUGUGGUCACCAAUGCCCUCUGGAUGCCGGGCUUCAGGGCCAUCAGAUGUGUUGCUGACAUCCACUGCUGA